AUGGGAAUACUUGCGCGCCUCAUCUCCAAGAGCCGGCCUCAUCUUGUUCCAGGCAAGCUGCUCGUUACAGAAUUUUGGUUCGAGGUUCCUCUGGACUACUCGAAGCCUGCGGGAAAGAAGCUCAAACUGUUUGGUAGAACGGCUUCCAAAUAUGAAAAGCCUAUAGUCGAGCCGUCCCCGGCAGAAAAGGCCAAGUCUGCCCAGAAGCCAUUUCUUGUCUACCUGCAGGGCGGCCCUGGGUUUGGAAAUCCUCAGCCUCAGGACAGCACCUUGUCUUCGCACAUGCUCGACAGAGGCUACGAGCUGCUGCUAUUAGAUUAUCGCGGGACUGGCUUCAGCUGUCCUGUCUCGGCCAGCACCUUGGCACUCGUCGGUGGUCCACAGGAGCAAGCCGACUACCUGAAGCACUUCAGGGCCGACAACAUUGUGAGAGAUUGUGAGGCUGUUCGGAAAUUUCUCACCAAGGACUACCCUCCUGAGAAGCAGCAAUGGAGCAUAUUUGGACAGUCUUUUGGUGGCAUGACUAGCCUGACCUACCUGUCCUUCCAUCCCGAGGGCCUGCGCGAGUCUUUUAUCACAGGAGGCUUGGUGGCUCUGGACAAAGGAGCCGAGGAGACUUACCAGUCAACAUUCCAGAAAGUCAUCGAAAGGAACAUGGCCUAUUACGAGAAAUUCCCGGCGGAUGUCGCUGACGUCAAAUACCUUGCCACCAAGAUUCGUGAAGUCGGAGGAGAGGAGGGCAUCCCUCUCCCAGCCGGUGGGCGAUUGACAGUUCCUCUGUUCCUCACCCUUGGCAUCAGCUUUGGAAAGUACCACGGCUUGGACAUUGUGCAUAAUCAUAUUGUCAGGAUGAAGGGGGAUGUGGAUCAGUUUGGAUUCUUCACGAGGGGCACCCUUAACGAUCUGCAGCAAGCUAUGGGGUGGGAUGAUGCUGUUAUUUACAGCGUCUUGCAUGAACCAAUCUGGUGCUAUCGACCAGGCAUAGCAAGCAACUGGGCUGCUGAGCGGGUUGGCAGGUCACUCGAAAAUUUCAAAUGGCUUCGCCGUGACUGGGCUGGUCCUCAAGCCUUGCCGCAAGAUGAGCCCCUCUAUUUCUCAGGAGAGAUGGUCUACCCCUUCUUCUUUGACACUUCCGACGAACUGAACAAGCUGAAGGACACAGCUGAUAUACUUGCCAAAUAUGACCAGUGGCCGAGCCUUUACGAUGAGGCCCAGUUGAAGAAGAACACUGUUCCGGUGUACGCAGCCAUCUAUGAGGACAUGUAUGUAUAUCCCGAGGAUUCUAGAAGGACUGCAUCCAUUAUUAAGGGUGCCAAGACGUGGGAGUCCUCGGUUCACUUCCACGGGGCGCUGAGAAGCCAUGCAGCGGAUGUCUUCAAACAGUUGCUGCAACUGCGAGACGACACCAUCAACUGA